AUGGCAAACCAUAGCGAUCAAAUUCCUAAUGAUCUUGCACUGGAAAUUCUAGCAAAAUUACCUGUUAAAUCCUUAAAGCGAUUUAGUUGCGUGCGAAAGUCUUGGCUAAAUUUACUUGAGAAUCCUGAUUUUAAGAGCAUGUACUACGAGAAUUUAAAAUCUAAAAUUGCCCACUCAUCAUCUCUCAUUUUAUGGAGAUUAUUUUACCAAAGGGAUAAAAACGCCCGUAGUGAAAAUAAUGUGCAUUUGCUUUCUGGAGAGAGAUAUGAAAACAUGGUUACAUUAGUUUUGCCAACUCUGGUUGAGAGUUAUGGUCCCGGCGAGGUUCUAGAAUGUGUUAAUGGCAUUAUAUGUCACUAUGCACGAUCAGGUCGUGAUGUAAUAAUAGGACUUUGGAAUCCUAAAACGGACGAGGGUAAAAUUAUUCCUCCGGGUAUUAGUGAUGAUGAGCCAGGCUUUGAUCGGCAUGUAAGUGUUCAUGGAUUUGGUUAUGACAAUGUGAAUGAUGAUUAUAAAGUGAUUCAAUGUGUAUAUUAUAAUUAUAGUCAAAUGUUGUUUGAAGAGCCUGUCCUAAGAAUUUGGCAAAUUUAUAGUCUAAAAAGUAAUUGUUGGAAGAAACUUGAUCUUGAAAUAACUAUGAAGGAAAAUGUAAGUAGAGCUUCUAUAGCAUACUUGAAUGGAGAAUGCCACUGGUGGGGUCGCAAGUUUGCCACUAAUGAACUCCAAGAACAAGUACUUGUGUCAUUUAAUCUCAGCACUGAAACGUUUCGAACCACAUCAAUUGUUUGGCUACAAGAAAAUGAUGAUAGUCCUACCAGAACUUUGGUAGUGCUCAACGAGUCUGUUACUCUAAUUUCCUCUCUUAUUAAGAAUAAUCGCAUUGAAAUAUCCAUUUUGGGUGAAAUUGGUGUGAAGGAAUCUUGGGUGAAGCUUUUCACAUUUAGAUUUGGACCUUUUCCAGAAUUUUGUGCAUUCAGAAUGGGGAACAAAUGUGAUAUAAUCUUUUAUAUCAACGGCGAUGAAUUGGCUUCUUUUAAUGUCAUCACGGGUAAAAAUGAUCAUCUAUCAGAGGCAUUGCAUUUAUUUAGAAGGCUUGUACGGACAAAUUUUAGACCAAAUGGACCAAUCGUUGCCAUUGUUUUAUCAGCUUGUGCUGAUAUAGGAUCAAUUAGCAUAACACAAGAGAUGAAAGAAUAUAUUUUUUUAAAUAGAUUAGAAUAUGAUCUAUAA